AAAUCGUCAAGAUGGUUUUAGCCGAUCUAGGUCGCAAGAUUACGAAUGCUCUGCAUUCGCUAAGCAAGGCGACAAUCAUAAACGAAGAGGUGUUGGAUUCGAUGCUAAAAGAAAUCUGCACUGCACUGCUUGAGGCGGACGUCAACAUUCGGCUGGUGAAGAAGCUGCGGGAAAAUGUACGCUCCGUGAUUGACUUUGACGAAAUGGCUGGUGGCUUGAAUAAGCGGCGAAUGAUACAGUCGGCCGUAUUUAAGGAGCUGGUUAAGUUGGUCGAUCCGGGCGUGAAACCUUACCAACCGAUCAAGGGCCGCCCAAACGUGAUCAUGUUCGUCGGUUUGCAGGGAUCCGGCAAAACGACAACGUGUACAAAGCUAGCGUACCAUUACCAAAAGAAGAACUGGAAAUCUUGUCUGGUGUGUGCGGAUACGUUUCGAGCCGGCGCGUACGAUCAGAUCAAGCAAAACGCUACGAAAGCGCGCAUUCCGUUCUACGGUAGCUACACGGAGGUAGAUCCGGUCACGAUCGCACAGGACGGUGUGGAAAUGUUUAAAAAGGAAGGGUUCGAGUUUAUCAUCGUGGAUACGAGUGGUCGCCACAAGCAGGAGGAAUCACUGUUCGAGGAGAUGUUGGCCGUCGCGAACGCGGUCAACCCGGACAAUAUUAUUUUCGUGAUGGAUGCCACCAUCGGGCAGGCUUGUGAGGCCCAAGCUAAAGCGUUCAAAGAAAAGGUCGACAUUGGUUCCGUCAUCAUUACCAAGCUGGACGGCCAUGCUAAGGGCGGCGGUGCACUAUCGGCUGUCGCGGCGACAAACUCGCCCAUCAUCUUUAUCGGCACCGGAGAGCACAUAGACGAUUUGGAACCGUUUAAGACAAAACCAUUCAUAAGCAAGCUGCUCGGAAUGGGAGAUAUCGAGGGGCUGAUUGACAAGGUUAACGAACUGAAGCUGGACGACAAUGAGGAGCUUAUCGACAAGAUCAAACACGGUCAAUUUACUAUUCGCGACAUGUACGAGCAGUUCCAGAACAUCAUGAAAAUGGGUCCUUUUUCGCAGAUCAUGGGAAUGAUUCCGGGCUUUUCGCAAGACAUUAUGACUAAGGGCGGUGAACAGGAGUCGAUGGCGAGAAUCAAGCGUCUCAUGACCAUGAUGGACUCGAUGUCGGACGGCGAACUGGACAAUAAGGAUGGUGCGAAACUGUUCAGCAAGCAGCCAACACGCGUUACGCGCGUAGCUCAGGGGUCGGGCGUCAUGGAGCGGGAUGUGCGCGAUUUGAUAUCGCAGUACACAAAGUUUGCGGCAGUCAUUAAAAAAAUGGGCGGUAUUAAGGGUUUGUUCAAGAGUGGCGAUAUGACGAAAAACGUGAACCCGACACAAAUGGCCAAACUAAACCAACAGAUGGCAAAGAUGAUCGAUCCCCGCAUGUUCCAGCAGAUGGGCGGUAUGAAUGGGUUGCAGAACAUGAUGCGACAGCUACAGCAAGGGGCCGGUGGGUUAGGCAAUCUGAUGAGUGGGUUCGGUGGCAAGUAG